UGCCUACCAAGGGACAUUUGGAUCCAAAGUUCCCUCCUCUCUGUUUUUGGAUCUAAAGAGCGUCUCCUCUCUCAAACCCUAAUCUGAGAAUAGCCUCUCUUUUAAUUAGCUUUUCAUUCUUCAUUAACUUUCGUUUUUGGAGGGAUAAGCUGAAGGUCUUCCUUAAAACGCCCAAGAUUUUACAGCUACAAUUUUCUUUUUCUUAAUACGACCCCGAUCUAGGGUUUCGUUUUCGUUUUCCCAUUUCGGUUUCAUAUUAUUCGGUUGUUGCUGAAUCAAACAGAUGUCUCGGUGUUUUCCGUAUCCUCCCCCGGGGUACGUAAAGAACGGAAUCCGCGAUGAGGCACUGAUUGAAUCGAUUAAGAUUAAAAGAGAAGAAGAGAAGGCCAAGAAGGAAAGGAAGAAAGAAAAGAAAGAGAAGAAAGAGAAAAAACGGGAGAAGAAAGAAAGAGACAAUGCCCUGGACAGUGGAGAAACCAAAAGUAAAAAGCAUGGUCAUAAGAAAAGGCAUAAAGACGAGAGGAGCCAAGAAGGUCAAAAAGGAGGAGACUAUCAAAAGAGAAGAGAAAAUGAAGUUGAAUGUUAUGAGAAGAGUACGCUUACUGAAGAACAUGGUCAUGGAGUGGGACCCCAGAACUCCUCCGAUAGCACCCUUAACAGCAGUAAAAGACAGAAGCUGAGCUUGCCCCCUGACAGUGGGCAUAAUUCUGAAAGCAUUAUCCGGAUUCGGUUGCCUUCUCAAAGGCAUAAAGAUCCUGAAGUGCUACCCACCAAGGAGCAGCCUUGUUCUACCUCAGGAAAGAUUGAUGAGGCCUUUGUUCAAGGGACGCAUGAGCAUGUUCCUAGACCAGGCAGAGAACUGGAAGAACAUUCUUGUUCUACAGCCAAUAUUAGAUUCCCGGAGUUAACACCCAAGCUCAGCAAAGAAACACCUUUCUUCUCUUCUGGUGCACCAGAAAGUGUUGCUCGUAGUGCUGAGGCAUCAUUGCCAACAAGCUUGUGCAGCAGUUGCUCUCCUACACUAGCUUUAGGUUACAAAAAUCUCGUGGAGGAUUGGGUUGUGCCUACACUGCAGACUGAGUUAGCCGGUUUUGCUGACGAGGACUGGCUGUUUCAGAGGAAGCAAAAUGUCGACCAUGCGAUUAAAAGCAGCGAAGAUGGAAAUAUUGGCACGUGUCAAAUGAACUCAACAAGUUGGCCACAUGCCCGCUUUUUGCCUGAGGCUGAUAUAUAUGCUUUACCUUUCACGGUACCGUUAUGAACUAAAUGUGCCGAACCAAGAAAAAGGCAUGCAUGGUGUGAGAACUAGAAAACGGUUAAACCUUUUGUUCUUGGUGCUGAAAGUGUGAAGCGUUUGUUGCCAGCAUUUCAGCUCCUUCCGUUUACGUCUGGGAUUAGGACUCUGAGGACAAAUUUUGUGCGGCCACCCUUACUGGAAAAAUGGUUACUGAGGCUUUUCUUUCAACCCUUAUCGGUGAGAAAGAAAAAAUAUAUCAUUGAUGUAUUACAAAAUUCAAUUCCUUCCAGUAAUAUGGGUAUUAC